AUGAUUGCACGGUUGGUGCGGUGGCUGGGCAGCUGGCUGCAGUGCAACGUGUCGCGGGAGUUUUUUGCUCUGGAAACUGAUAAAGAUAUGGUUUAUGAAACUAUCAAUAUAAUGUACGAUUGCCACAGCGAAUCGUAUGAUGGGUAUGAAAUUUACUCCCUAGUUAACGCUGGAGUGAAUAUAAUCAACGUCGACAUGACACUACAUGAUACUGAAUAUUUCCAAAAAAUCAAAGGUGCUUUGGAAUUGGCUCAAAAAAUACCUGAAAAUGUUCCAUCAGCUUAUAAGUGUCCUAUUGGAUUAUCAGUGACUAUUUCUGCUACUAAACCUAUUGAUGUUGACGAAAGAGCUCGUAAGCCUAUAUUCUAUAUGAACCCAUCCAUAGCAGAAGAUUAUUACAAAUGUCCAGAUAACAACAGAAAUUUACUGAUACAAGUGCGUGAUUUAAUCACAAAUAAAUUUGAUGGUAUUAUUAUUAAGUACCGUGGAGAUGAACUGCCAAUAGAAUGCAUGCAAGCAUUUGUAAGAGCCACAGAGGUUUUAGAAAAAAAUACCAAUCCAACUACAGAAUAUUUCGAUAAAAGUUCUCCAGUCGGCAAACGAGCAUACGGAUUACCUGAUGGUAAGCAAUCAGCGCCGCCCAUGGACACCCGCAACGGAGAAGUAACGAGUGCGUUGCCGACCUUUGAGGGAUUAGGGAUUUGGAGAUUUAGGGAUUGGGGGAGGGGAAGGAUUGGGCCUCCGCUAUUACUGCCAGUUCUACAACCCUACACUGCAGCUCUGGCUGCUUCUAUCGCGGCCGUUACAUGUGGUGCACGAGCUAUCUUUGUAUUUACUACUACGGGCUCGUCAGCUAAGGAUAUGUCCUGUGCAUCACCACCGUGUUACGUGUUUGCAAUCACAAGGAGUGAAAAAACCGCGCGAAAAAUGCACCUGUACAGAAAAGUUAUGCCGUUGUUAUAUCAAGAUAAUAAAAAUACACGCGACCUCGCGCAUACUGUUAAAAUACUCUGUGGACCAUAG